UUGGACGUGAAAAGCCAUCCAGCCGUUGAACGGGUGAGACGCAACAAGAAAAUAGAAAAUAGCCAGAAUAGAAAGUACAUCACCUCGAUUACCGGUUGGAACAAUAAGCGCGAGACUGAAAAAGACUAACUGUUGCGGCUGGUUAUCCUGUUAUCACUUUGUAAUUAAUUAGGAAUUAAGAGUGGGGUUUUGGGGAAAGUUAUAACUAACUAGCCGGACGUCCACUCUGGAUUUUGAGAGUCGAGAGGUUGGUAAUAUUUCAGCGGGACCACCGGUGACGAGCUGUGGUUUUGGACUCACCUGCGAGGACUCUCCGCCAACUCCAGACCUCCAGACCGGGAACACCGGAGGGGGGGCUUGUUAAAAACACAACCGAGCCUCUAUUAUCUGUACACGGAAGAGGAGGAGGAGGAGGAGGAGGAGGAGAGGGAGAGUUCGGCAGGCACAAAGAGCGAAGAGCAUCCAGAGAGAGAGAGAGAGAGAGAGAGAGAGAGGGGAGGAAAGGAAAGGAAAGGAAGGAGGACGGGACUGAGAGAGAGAGAGCGGUGAGGACAACAACGGGGACCCAACAGAGAGCAUCCCUCUUUAGUUUCUGAUCGGCACAGGAAACACUCUGAACAGCAUCAUCUGAACACGGGAUCCGGAACGCUGCUUAUCCACCAAAAGGGAUACCUGCUCCUGAUCUGUUUGCCUCCCCUAUAGCUCGCUGCUACACCCAGUCCUCCUCUCCACUCUGUCCCGAUGAAGGAGGCCGACGCCAUCAAGCUGUUCGUGGGGCAGAUCCCCCGAAAUCUGGAAGAGAAGGACCUCAAGCCCAUCUUUGAGCAGUUUGGCAAGAUCUAUGAGCUAACUGUGAUUAAGGACAAAUACACAGGCAUGCACAAAGGAUGUGCGUUUCUGACGUACUGUGCGAGAGAGUCGGCGCUGAAAGCCCAGAGCGCUCUACACGAGCAGAAAACGCUACCAGGGAUGAAUCGGCCAAUCCAGGUGAAACCAGCUGACAGCGAGGGCAGAGGAGGUCUCUCAGAGGACAGGAAGUUGUUUGUGGGUAUGCUGGGAAAGCAACAGAGCGAUGAGGAUGUCAGAAGACUGUUUGAGCCCUUUGGCAGCAUAGAUGAGUGUACUGUGUUGAGAGGACCUGACGGCACCAGCAAAGGAUGCGCUUUUGUAAAAUUCCAAGGACACUCUGAAGCCCAGGCUGCCAUCAACAGCUUGCAUGGAAGCCGCACAAUGCCCGGAGCGUCGUCCAGUCUGGUGGUGAAGUUUGCCGACACAGAGAAGGAGCGGGGGCUGAGGAGGAUGCAGCAGGUGGCCUCCCAGCUCGGCAUCUUCAGCCCCAUGACCCUCAACUUCCCCGCCUACAAUGCCUACACACAGGCGGUCAAUGCACAGCUUGUCCAACAGCAGGCCCUGGUUGCCCAGUCAGCGUACUUGUCUCCUGUUGCAACAGUUGCCGCCGUACAGAUGCAGCAGAUGGCGGCGCUCAAUGCCAACGGAAUCAUUGCCACACCCAUCACACCCCUCACGCCGUCCUCGGGUACAAACACUCCACCAACUAUGGCUGCAACGCCUGUGCCAUCUCUCCCCCCGCCAUUAGGAGUGAACGGUUACAGCAGUCUGCCAACCACCAAUGGACAACAAGCAACAGAAGCACUAUACACCAAUGGCAUUCACGCAUAUCAAGCUCAGAGUCCGGUCCUGGACCCCCUACAGCAGGCGUAUGCAGGCAUGCAACACUACACAGGUUGGUCGGCGUAUCCUGCUGCCUACGGAUUGGUCGGCCAGCCGUUCCCCCAGCAGCCAACACUGGUUGCCCAGCAACACCAGCAGCCCCAGCAACAGCAGCAGAGAGAAGGUCCAGAGGGCUGUAACAUCUUCAUCUACCACCUGCCUCAGGAGUUCAGCGACUCUGAGAUGCUGCAGAUGUUCCUGCCCUUUGGCAAUGUCAUCUCGGCGAAGGUGUUUGUUGACCGGGCCACCAACCAGAGCAAGUGCUUCGGAUUUGUGAGUUUUGACAAUCCAGCCAGCGCUCAGGCCGCCAUUCAGGCCAUGAAUGGCUUCCAGAUCGGCAUGAAAAGACUGAAAGUGCAGCUGAAAAGGCCCAAAGAUGCCAACCGCCCAUACUGAGUGACAACUGAGAGGAGGAGGAAGACAUAAAGAGAGAUCCUUCCGUCCAAUCAUAAUUCACCAGGACCCCAUCGCUAUGGCAAAGGUUGCCUAGUGACCGAUAAAGCCCUGACCCCCCCUUCCUCUCGCAUUGUUGUAAGUUGAUUGGUUGGCCUGUGUUUGGGUUGCUGUGGCGAUUGAUUGCCUGUGUUGGUUGCCUUUGGCAAAUUUUUUGUUCUGUCACCUCGAGCAACCAGCCAUGCGUUGACCUGCAUGUCCUGUUGCUGUAGUGACCACAGACUGUGUUUGGUGCAUUGUGACUUUAUUUUGUAUUGACCUGUGCACAUACUGAUCAAUAACUGUCUAGAGCCAGGAUCGUACUCAGAAUCAAUUGAUUUAAUUGGAUAUUUGAUAUUCAUUGUAUAGUCAUUUGAUAAAUUCUACAGCAACGCUAGUUAUUUUAUUUGCAGCUUUGUUUUUGAUCAGUUUCUGUAGUGUUCUGUUUGGUGUCAUUUUAUUAUUUGAACAACUUGUUUGGGUAAUGUGUCUGUUAGUGUGUAAUGCAGGAGUGCGUAAUCCUUGUUGUACCGGUGUCUGCAAACAGAGGUUUUCCAGAGGUUUCCAUAGAGUGGACUGGUGGAGAAAUGUAGACCAGCAUGACAGUUUACUGCAAAAUAUGACAUUAUUUUAAUGAAAAAUGUAACAUGCUAUUAUGAUAUUAUGCAACAUACAACAAUGACAGGCCAUGUUGGACAAGAAGCCUUGAAAUCAUUAUGCAGUACUGAACAUAGACGUUUAAAUAUGGCUACAAAUGGGCCACACAGGUUAGGAUGGAAUGGAAAGUUUUAUGCCAAAAGCACACUAUUUUUGGGCGAGCAUGCAUUUUGUUGAGCUGUACUCUGAUAGGCUGAGUUUUAUAUUUCUGGAUUCUGAUUUGUUACUCUGUUUGAUGUGGCACUUUAGUCUUUUGCUCCUUUGUUUCUCUUUCUUGGUCUCUUUUACAUCUCCUAUCAGUGCAUUUGUGGUGUUUCCUCCCUCCUUCCCUCCCUCCCCCCUUCACUGCUCCCCUCCUCCUUCUCUUUUGGUCCACUUUUCUCCUCCUACUUGUCCUCCCUUUUCUCUGUCAAACUCUGUCUUCGCUUCUCCUCUUCCCAACCUCCUCCCUCUCUGUCCUUUUAGCUCGUGUUUUGAGGUAAAGGGUAUGUGGUUGUUAUGGUGGAAAAACAAGUGCCUCUUGCUUAUUGGAGAACAGCCCUCAACUAUAGGAAUUCUGGGAGAAAUAUAAUAAAGAGAGAAUAGCGGAUAUAUUUAGUUUGAGGUAAAUUCAAUCCUCAACAAACCCCCAACCUUAACCAAAGAGAAGAAAAUGUGUAGCUGCUGUCAGACCAGUGUGUGGACGCACCGUCACACGGCAGCACACAUUAUAAAUAAAGGAUCCUGUUUCUAUUUCUAGACAAAGUUUUAUAUAAUAAAUCCGUGUGGAUACCCACCACCAUGUCCCCACAUCCGUCAGAUACAAAUUAUCACCCAGAAUUUCUAUACUGCAAAUGCCAGAGAGUGAUGCAUGACGGUGGUAGUGUUUGCUUGCCAUGAUUUGAGGCACAUGAGUGCAGCACAUGCUCAUAAGGACACACACAUAAACACAUAUGGAGCUUUACAAACAUGCGCACACAUGUAUAACCUCCAGACACACACUAUCAAGUCACACAAGGACACGAAUAACGUUUUAUUUUUCACUGUAUUGAGUUGCAUGAUCCAGACACUGUGUGUGUAUGUGUUAAAGCACCAUGAUUUAUUGCUGUUGAAAGACAAAGCUUUACAACUGAGAAUGAUGCCUUCUUGUUUUGACUCACCGCGAUGAAACUGAAACAAAGACGAGCUAGGAGCACCCUUAGGUGCAGUUUGCUGCCAGACGUAUGAAAGCAGUUCAAGUCAUGCCGACAAGAGUUUUGUUUGGUGGGAGGAGCAUGUUUGACAAGAUGUAAAGAUCAGACAGAAACAUGGAACUCCAGUUUAUUUUUAACUCUGCUUUCUAACAUGUUCUUCCUCCUUCUCUGUCCCUCCCUCCUUGUUUCUGUAUCGCUCCCUCUACCCCCAAAAACUCUCCAUCCCCUCACAGGUGACCUUUCAGAGUCCAGCCGAGGUGGAAUCCCAGGGUUCAUAGCGCUUUCAGACUGUCCGCUACCUUUGAGCGUCCGGGGAGUGCAGCCAAACACACUGACACACACUCAAAUGAAUACACAUGCACUCGCAACGCUGACCCUCGAACGGUACAAGGCUGAUAUACAAAUGUACAUAAAGUGCACAACCACACACACACACACACACACACACACACGCCUGCAGACACUCACAAAAUACACACGGUUCACACCAGUCAGUAAUCUUACCCAUACAACCAAAAGUUCGGUUUGACCGCGGUGUGUGUAAAGUUUGACAACAGGGUGUUUAGUACAGUUAAGACAACUCAGACCGAGCGUGUAUGGAAGAUACUGAUGAAAAAUGCUGAUAUAUCACUUCAAUAGACUUUAACAUGUCUAUACCAUGACAAAUAUAGAGGGGCCGAUGUUUCAUAAUAAAAAAAAGAAAGAAAAUACAAAAAAGAUGACUAAAUGAGUAGGUUAGAGAGAGACUUUGGAGAAAAUCCUAACGACCUGUAAAUAAUUUAGUUUACAAAGAGCAGCAUUUAAAAAAACAAGAAAAAAAUGCAAAAAGAAUACUACUUUAGAUAAACACUGAACAGGACACAGCGACAUUAUUAUUAUUAUUAUUAUUAUUAUUAUUAUUAUUAUUAUUAUUAUUAUUAUCAUUAUCAUUAUUAUUACCACUAGUAACAUCAUCAUCCUCAUAAAGGGAUAUUACAUUCCAAAUUGUAAAAUGGGAAAUCACUAACCUAUUUUAAAUUUCUACUUAGAUUUUAGGUGAAACUUGGGGGUGGGGGGGAUUGCACUUUUAUUCGGGAGGUUUUAAUAUUUGAGCUAUUUUUUAUUUAUUUACUAAUUUAUCAAUUAUUUUGUUUAUUGGGAGAAGGGGUUUGAGUGGGUUGCAAUAUUUUGAUUUUAGAAUUUUCUAGAGAAAACCUUUUGAGGGCCUGUUUCUGUCAGACUCUUGCAAUCGAGUAAUUAUAAUGUAUGUAUUAAUUAUUACAGCAAUUAUAUUUAUUUCUAAUUUAUUGAAUCCUGUUUUUGAUCCACUCUCUUUUUAAGUUAAAAUAAAAAGUAUCAUACUAAA